AUGUACGCAUUCUUAUUUAAAUAUAUCAUUAUUGGAGAUACAGGUGUUGGUAAAUCAUGUCUUUUACUUCAAUUCACUGAUAAAAGAUUUCAACCUGUUCAUGAUUUAACUAUUGGUGUAGAGUUUGGUGCUAGAAUGAUUAGCAUCGAUAACAAGCCAAUUAAAUUACAGAUUUGGGAUACCGCUGGUCAAGAAUCAUUUAGAUCAAUUACAAGAUCAUAUUAUAGAGGUUCAGCAGGUGCACUUUUAGUAUACGAUAUCACAAGACGUGAAACUUUUAAUCAUUUGACUUGUUGGCUUAGUAAGUAUAAAAGAAAACAAAACAAUACACUACAACUCGCUCCUCCACAAAAUCAUGAUAAUUGUGUCCCACAUUCCAAUCUUCACCUAACAUGGAUUUCUGCCCAAUGUCAAAUGCGGUUUUGGGCUGAUGACGUUGAUGAUGCAAGAGCAUUCGCCAAUAGCAAUAUGACUAUCAUUUUAAUUGGAAACAAAUCAGAUUUAGAACAAAAGAGAGCGGUAUCAUACGAAGAAGGUGCAAAAUUCGCAGAGGAAAAUGGUUUGAUUUUCCUUGAGACAUCUGCUAAAACUGCUGCCAACGUAGAGGAGGCUUUUAUAAAUACUGCAAAGAAGAUCUAUGAAAAGAUUCAGAAGGGUGAUUUUGAUAUUAAAGAUGAGACAUUUGGAAUUAAAUUAGGACAACCUUCAAAUAAGGUGGAGAUUGGAGCAGCUCCACCAGCACAGAAAUCUGGAUGUUGUUAA